GACGCGGUGGGGCUGAGGGAAAGGGGAGGGGGCAAGAUGGCGGCGCACCUGUCCUACGGACGAGUGAACCUGAACGUGCUGCGCGAGGCGGUGCGUCGCGAGCUGCGCGAGUUCCUGGACAAGUGCGCGGGAAGCAAGGCAAUAGUUUGGGAUGAGUACCUAACAGGACCCUUUGGCCUGAUUGCACAGUAUUCACUACUGAAGGAACAUGAAGUGGAAAAAAUGUUUACACUUAAAGGAAGUCGUUUGCCAGCAGCAGAUGUCAAGAAUAUUAUAUUUUUUGUCAGACCCAGGCUAGAAUUGAUGGAUAUAAUCGCUGAAAAUGUGCUCAGUGAAGACAGACGUGGCCCAGUGAGAGAUUUCCACAUUUUGUUUGUGCCCCGCCGUAGCUUGCUGUGUGAACAGCGGUUGAAGGACCUUGGUGUUUUGGGAUCCUUUAUCCACAGAGAGGAGUACAGUUUAGAUCUCAUUCCAUUUGAUGGAGAUCUCUUGUCCAUGGAAUCAGAGGGUGCAUUCAAAGAGUGCUACCUAGAGGGUGACCAGACAAGCCUGUAUCAUGCUGCGAAGGGGCUGAUGACACUGCAGGCUCUGUAUGGAACAAUCCCCCAGAUCUUUGGGAAAGGAGAGUGUGCUCGGCAAGUUGCCAAUAUGAUGAUCAGGAUGAAGAGAGAGUUUACAGGAAGCCAAAAUUCAAUAUUUCCUGUUUUUGACAACCUCUUAUUGCUUGAUCGAAAUGUGGAUUUAUUAACACCUCUUGCCACUCAGCUUACAUAUGAAGGACUCAUUGAUGAAAUCUAUGGCAUUCAGAACAGUUAUGUGAAAUUACCCCCAGAGAAAUUUGCACCUAAGAAGCAGGGUGACAGUGGGAAGGACCUCCCCACAGAAGCAAAGAAGCUGCAGCUGAAUUCUGCAGAGGAGCUCUAUGCUGAGAUCCGAGAUAAGAAUUUCAAUGCGGUGGGCUCCGUGCUCAGCAAGAAGGCAAAGAUCAUCUCUGCUGCCUUCGAGGAAAGGCACAACGCCAAGACUGUGGGGGAAAUUAAGCAGUUUGUUUCCCAGUUGCCCCACAUGCAGGCAGCAAGGGGCUCACUUGCAAAUCAUACCUCGAUUGCAGAGUUGAUCAAAGACGUCACUACUUCUGAAGACUUCUUUGAUAAAUUAACAGUGGAACAAGAGUUUAUGUCUGGAAUAGACACUGACAAGGUCAACAAUUACAUAGAGGAUUGCAUCGCCCAAAAGCAUCCACUGACCAAGGUCUUAAGGCUGCUCUGCCUCCAGUCAGUGUGCAAUAGUGGACUCAAACAAAAAGUCUUGGAUUACUACAAAAGAGAAAUUCUCCAGUUUUCGGCAGACACAACAUCUUUGUACGUGGUGCUGAGGAUCGAACCCGGGCCGCACGCAUGCCAGACCUAUGGCUAUGAGCACAUACUGACCUUGUACAACCUAGAGAAGGCCGGCCUGCUAAAGCCACAGACAGGGGGCAGAAACAACUACCCAACAAUUCGGAAAACAUUACGCCUCUGGAUGGAUGAUGUUAACGAACAAAAUCCCACAGACAUAUCCUAUGUGUACAGUGGUUAUGCCCCCCUCAGUGUGCGACUGGCUCAGCUGCUUUCCAGGCCUGGCUGGCGGAGUAUCGAGGAGGUUCUUCGCAUCCUCCCAGGCCCCCACUUUGAAGAACGGCAGCCACUGCCCACAGGGCUUCAAAAAAAACGUCAACCAGGAGAAAACCGAGUUACUCUGAUAUUUUUCCUCGGGGGUGUAACCUUUGCUGAAAUUGCUGCCCUAAGGUUUCUCUCCCAGUUGGAAGAUGGAGGUACAGAGUAUGUAAUUGCCACCACUAAACUAAUGAAUGGAACUAGCUGGAUAGAGGCUCUAAUGGAGAAACCUUUCUAGGGUGUUCAAAGGAGACUUCACAAGUGCACUACAGAAUAAGCUGCCUUUUGAACAAGUUGCUGAAAGGAAGUGAACCCACAGAAGAAACAGGAAUACAGAAGUUACUUUGUGUUUUGCUUCUUAUACUAUUUUCUGUUCCUUUACUCCUUUCUGCUCCUCUGUGUUCAUAAUUUCUUGAAGAAAGAAGAAGAAAAUUAACCUGGGUAAAAGAGACUUUGGUUUUGAAUUUUCUAAGUUCAGGAUCUUCAUUAUAGGACUCUGGAAAUGCAGUAAAGAUGGUGGGACUGGAUAAUCCAUAUAGCUAUACAAAUGGGGACAGCUCUUAAAAUAAGAACACAGACACUGUGGAGGUAAAAAUGAAAAUAGAAGGGGAAGUCCAACUUCUAGUCUACAGUUUUAUAUUUUUAGGAAAUGCAUCAGGCCUAUGAUAGUGGUCAUGUGUUGAGGGCUAGAGCUUAAUGUUGUCCUUAGUGAUUUAUUUUUCCUGUAGAGGAAUGGCACAUUAUAAUUGUGUUUUCAAUUUCUAUCUUAUUCCUAAGGCAAGUUUUGUUUCCUUCUUAAACAUCAAGAGAUUUUAGGGAGCUUCUUGCCCCAAAACACAAAAUUUAUAUUUUCUCUGAUCAGCUACAUCUGUGUAGGUUCCAUACUUAUCAAGGGCUUUCUAUUUCUACACUGAAGAAUAUAAUAAUUGGGGAACAGUUUCCAGAGAAUUUAACCACUCCAGGACAGAUGCCUCUGUUGAGGUUUAGGUUUUCUUCCCUGUCCACAUGGGCCCAACAUCUAGUUGGUCCCACCGUGAGCAGUGGUGACUCUUGCUUCAUCAGCAUACUGAAACUCCACCCCUGUUACCAACUACUCUGUGCACUUCUGUAGCUCCCAGUGGCCACUUUCAUCCAUUUUGCUUGAAAAUAUUCAGUUUGGUUGCAGUCCUUGAUCUGGUGACCUCAGCUGCCCCUGGUUGAUUUCAUUGAUGAGAUCUGGUGACCUCAGCUGCCACUAUUCCUACUGAGGACUGUUAGCUGUGCUGGACAGUAGGGAUGUGAGUGGAGAAGUUCGAAGUUCAUAUGUGAUCCCUGCCUCUCCUCUGCUCAUCCCAGCAUCUGGGGGAGUUAAGGGUACCAUGCAGGGGACCAAGUUGGUAGCUUUUCUGCCAUUGCCCAAGUUUCCAGCAAAAUUACUUGGUCAACCAGGAGAAAACCAACCUGGGGAGCUUUGCCAGAUUCCAUCCCUGGUGUGGUUUCUAUCAUUAACUAUUAAUCACAUAGGUUUUUCCCUUACCUUUUUCAGUAGUAGGAUUCUGAUGAGUAUGGUGCAUGUUACGCGUAAAAGAAAAUCUGUAUUUAAAAAAAAUUAGUAAAAUGAUGAAGGGUGGCAGAGGUGAUGUUUAAAAGAUUUCUCAUGGAAUUAAUCUGGCCUUGACGUUCAUUAUUUGGAAAUGGAAAACCAUUCUUGUUUUAGAAAAUCCUUUUUCAAAUCCUUGUUAUUCCAGGGAGAUUAGUUUAUACUUUGGAGCCCUAACAGUUGUCUCAGCCUCAGCUCCUUUAGAGAAUGAAAUCUAUCUUGUCCCUCCGUGGUUUUGGUUCAUGGGAUUCAAUUCAGGUCUGGUCAAGUCUCCUUGGCUGGGGGUUCUGUUCUAUAAACAGACACUCAGUUGUAAUCUCAUGUGUCUGCAUUCACUUGUGACUCUGCAUUUGCUUACUCAGAGCAUAGCUAGGUCAGCGUCUAAAAAUGCAUUCAACAUUGAUGAGACAUCAAUUACUUCAUUUGUAUGCAAAGAAAAAGUGGUGGAUAAUUACAUAUUAUAUGUGUUUGUGGACAUUUAUUUAAUACUUGAAAUUGAGAAAGGAUAUGUGAAUGGCACAUUUAUUCUCAGAGAGGCAGAUUAUUUACAUUGGGUCUGGAUUUUUGUCUAUUGGGUAGACAGUGUCCCUUUAAUAAAGAGGUCUACAUGGAUAA